CUGCCAAGUUCCUCCCCUUCCCCCGGCAGUUUCUCCCGGCGCCCAGGGCGCGGAGGAGGCGCCGCCAGGGUUCGGGCGGAGGCGCUCGCACCAUGGCCACGGCCCCCGCUGCGGCCCGUGUCCCCGCGCGCCUGUACUACCGCGUGCAGCUGCGCUUCGUGACGGAGGAGCAGCUCUUCGCUGCUGGGCCGCUCUCGCCCCCCAACCUGAAACCUCUGUGGCUGGAGGUGCACCCGGCAGGGGAGGAGGCGGACGCGACAGUGACUGACGCUGAUGGCGUCUGUGUCUUUAAAUGCUUACUCAACAGAGACACUGAAUGUUGCCGUGUGGGGAAGGAGUCCAUCUUGAUUACUCUGGGGUGCAACAGUGCUCUGCUGAAGUUUGAGUCUCACGCUGAAUUCAGCUCCUUUUCAAAUACCUUGAAAAGAUGUUGGAGUAAGAAGAAGGAAUACUCAGUGUUCAGCCAACGGACAGAAGAGGCCUCUGCGGCACAGUACUUCCAGUUUUAUGGCUGCAUUUCCCAGCAGCAGAACAUGAUGCAAGAUUUUGUGAGGACAGCUACUUAUCACAGAGCCAUCCUCCAGAACCACGUUGACUUUAGAGAUAAGCCCCUGGCAACCACCAUUCUACUCUCUGCUUCUAUCGUUCUAGAUGUUGGUUGUGGAUCGGGCAUACUGUCGUUUUUUGCUGUACAGGCUGGAGCUAAGAGAGUCUAUGCAGUGGAAGCCAGUUCAGUAGCACAAUAUGCUGAGAUGUUAGUGAAAAAUAACCACCUUUCAGACAAGAUCAUUGUUCUGCCAGGGAAAAUUGAAGAAAUCUCACUUCCUGAAGCUGUAGAUGUGAUCAUUUCUGAACCAAUGGGAUACAUGCUCUUCAAUGAAAGGAUGCUGGAGAGUUACCUUCAUUCCAAAAAAUGGCUGAAAACAAAUGGAAUGAUGUUCCCGACAUUCAGCGAUAUCCACUUGGCCCCCUUUUCUGAUGAGCAGCUCUACAUGGAACACUACUCCAGAGCCAACUUCUGGUACCAGCAGUGCUUCUAUGGGGUCAACCUGUCCAGUCUGCGGAGUGCUGCCGUGGAUGAAUACUUCCGACAGCCAAUAGUAGACACAUUUGACAUUAGAAUUUUGAUGGCUCGAUCGGUCAAGUACACAGUAAACUUUAUGGACGCGGAAGAGGCAGAUCUCCACAGAGUAGAAAUCCCCUUUGUGUUUCAGAUGGCGCAGUCUGGUCUCAUCCACGGCCUGGCUUUCUGGUUUGAUGUGGCCUUUGUGGGAUCUCUGGUAACGGUGUGGCUGUCAACAGCCCCAACUGAGCCGCUGACCCACUGGUACCAGGUGCGCUGCCUUCUUCAGACUCCUCUCUUUGCCAAGGAAGGAGAGACCCUCUCAGGAAAAGUGCUGUUUGUAGCCAAUAAACGUUUUUGUUUCUGUUCUGUUUUGUUUUUGCCAUACAGACAGAGCUAUGAUAUUCAGAUCACGGCGCUGAUAAACCAGACGGGCUUCAGAUCUGGGAACAUCCUCGAUUUAAAGAAUCCUUUCUUUAGGUUUGCUUAGAAGAUAGUCACAAGCCAAUCAAUAAGUAAAACGAAGGCCUAAGAAGUCCCUCGACAUCCAAGUUUAUAUUUCAUGUUCCUAACAUGCAUUCUAAAUUUUACAAGGAUAUUUAGGUUUAUUUAAAUUCUCUUUUUUUUCUUCUAACUCUGAAAUGUGCACCCUAAUUUUGUUGACAAGCCUAUUUCUUGGUGCUUCUUAGACUGGCUUUUUAAAGCUUUCUGCGUGUAGCUGAAGAAUACUUUUUUAAAACAAUUUUUGGUUCCUCUUUAUUUGUAUUAUUAUUUUAGUAAAGCCAUCAGCAUUGCUUCAAUUUCUGAAGUAUUUAAAAAAGAAAGUUAACAAAACCCUACCUCAUGUUUAUAUGUAUGUAUUUGUGGAUAUGACUUAAGAGCUUGUUAGGAGUGAUCUUCUAUUUGCAAUUUUAAUCUGACUGCUUUUGCACAUAUGUUCAACAAAUCAGUAGCUAUCUCCUAACUCAGCAGUGUGUUAAAGAUUUUUUGCCAUAUUCAUGUAAUGGAAUGAUACGAUGUUGGGAAUGUUCUUCACUGGCCAUAUUUGAUGACUCUGUACAUACUUAAGAAAAUAAAGAUGGAACCUUUGUCAGUUCUCUUAGGUUUACAAUAAAA